AUGCGCAGCGGCUCUGGUUACUUUGCCUGCAUGGUUUUAGUUGCCGUGUUAUCCAAAAUUACCGAACACACUGCCGCUAUGCGGGUUGAAGACGAGCAGUUUAAGCGUAACGCUCAGCGAGAGGAUGCCGAAGCAAUCUCCGUCGGUGACGUACCCACAUUCUUCCUGCUGGCGAACCUUGCCGCAGGUGAGCCAUAUUCCACCCACAUCUUCAAUGUACCUGUUGAAGUGUGA